AUGCUUUCCAACAUCUUGAAAUUAUCCCUCCUCGCCGGCGCCCUCGCCGUUCCGAUUGAAGGCGAGCUCGAAAAGCGCAUCACCUGCCCAAGUGUCCAUAUAUUCGGGGCACGCGAGACCACUGCGUCUGCCGGAUACGGUUCAUCCAGCACAGUCGUCAACGGCCUCCUCAGUGCCUAUUCAGGUUCCACAGAUGAGGCCAUUAACUAUCCUGCAUGUGGUGGACAAGCUUCGUGUGGCAGCGUUAGCUAUUCGAGCUCAGUGGCUCAGGGAAUUGCAGCUGUAGCAUCUGCUGUCAAUUCCUACAACAAACAGUGUCCAUCUACAAAGCUUGUUUUGGUUGGAUAUUCUCAGGGAGGAGAGAUCAUGGACGCUGCUUUGUGCGGUGGUGGUGUUCCCAAUCAGGGAUACACCAACACGGCAGUGCAGCUAUCGAGUUCCGCUGUGAAUAUGGUUAAAGCAGCCAUCUUCAUGGGCGAUCCACUGUUCAAGGCUGGUUUGUCGUAUGAAGUUGGGACCUGUGCUGCUGGAGGCUUCGAUGCUCGUCCUGCCGGGUUCUAUUGCCCAUCAGCUAGUAAGAUUCAGUCUUACUGUGAUGCCUCGGACCCAUACUGCUGCAACGGUAGUAAUGCAGCAACGCACUCUGGCUAUGGCGCUGAGUAUGGAAGUCAGGCUAUUGCUUUUUACCCCACCACGGAAGAGCUCCAAGCUUCUUCCUCCAACAUGGCCGCCCCUCAAAUCCCCAACCUUAACUCCCUCCGACUAGGACGAGGUCGAGGCCGAGGAUCAUCACGCACAGAACCUGGAACUCGGCCUGGAAAAGACCGAAUCGUGCAAGGCACAGACAAUGACGCGAGUGUAUCCCGCCUGAGCGCCGUCGAGCUAGGAUACCUCGAGGAUCCCUAUGCAAAGGCACUGACACCCGUUGGGGCCGCGACGCGGCGACUUCCAAUUAUAAACAGAGGCACCUACGUGCGCACAACCACCAUCGACCAGCUCGUGGCCCGCUUCCUCGGCCCGUAUUCACCUGAAAACAAACAACGAAAACAGAUCAUCUCGCUCGGCGCUGGGUCGGACACACGCGUCUUCAGACUUUUGUCGUCGCGACAAUCCCCAGAUUUCGUUUACCACGAACUUGAUUUCGCGGUCAACACAGCGGGGAAGAUCCGCGCGAUUCGGUCGGCUCCGGAGCUGCAGCGCGCGCUGGGGAUUGAUUCUUCGAGCUUGGCUUCGGAAAAAAAUAAACGGGUUACGGUGUCGGAGGCAGGAGACGCGCUCCAUUCGUCCUCGUACCACGUGCACCCGGUUGAUUUGCGGUCGCUCUCGACAUGUAGCAAUCCCGCUGAAGCUUUGCCGGGUGUUGAAACAAAAUUGCCUACCUUGCUGAUCUCUGAAUGCUGCCUUGUUUAUUUGUCGCCUGCUGAGGCGGAAGGGGUGGUUGGAUUCUUUACGAAUCGGCUUUUUGGUUCUGGGAACACAUCUGGGUCUGAUGAUUCACAUUUUGGACAGAAAGAUGUCGCGCCGCUCGGUUUGAUUCUUUAUGAACCUAUUCGCCCGAAUGAUCCCUUUGGUCAAACCAUGGUGUCGAAUUUGGCAGCGCGAGGAAUUCAGCUCCAGACUCUGCAUAAGUACGCGUCGCUUGAGGCGCAGCGGAGUCGAUUCCGAGAGCAAGGCUUUCGAAGUGGCCAGGCUGCCGGUGAUAUUGAGUUUAUCUGGAAACGUUGGGUCAGCGAAGAAGAAAAGGAGAGAGUUGCUGGGCUGGAGAUGUUGGAUGAAAUGGAGGAGUGGGAGUUGCUCGCACGGCAUUAUUGCAUUGCUUGGGGAUGGAGAGAUCAAGAUGGUAUCCCUGCCUUUGCUGGGUGGAAAGAUCUUGCAUCCCAGCAGGGCGAGUAG